GCAGAAGCUCCUGGAUCAGCAGGAGCGCCAGGAUCUACAGCAGUUUGCGGAUCUUCAGAGCUUCCCACCUCCUCGGACCUCUCCUGCAGCUUCUUGCCUCUCGGCUGUUUUCCCAACAUGUGAAACGAUGUGAAACUUCGCCGCAGGAGGAUCUUCGAGUGUGAGGAGGAACCAUGUCUUCCCUGAAAGCAGCUCCUCUCUCCUCCAUCAUGAGCCUCCCCACCACCUCCAUGGCAGGGCUGGAGGUCUACGCUGACAGCGCCUCUCUGCUGUCUCUGGACUCCAGCGUUUUCUUCAGUGAGACACCGGCUUCAUGCAUCAGGGAUCCCCUCGAGGUCUUCGUCAUCAACGUCGGAGGGAGUCGGUACGUUCUGUCCCAGGAGCUGCUGGCAUCCCACCCAGAGACCCGGCUUGGGAAGCUGGCCUGCUGCAGCCGGGACUCGGUCCUGGACAUUUGCGAUGAUGCUGACUUCCUCACAAACGAGUUCUUCUUUGACAGAAACUCCCAAACUUUCCAAUACGUGAUGAACUUCUACCAGACGGGUCACCUUCAUGUCAUGGAGGAACUUUGUGAGAUCUCCUUCCUUCAGGAGAUCGAGUACUGGGGCAUAGACGAGCUCCGUAUCAACUCCUGCUGCCGGGAGCGUUACUACCGCCGGAAGGAGCAGAAGGAGUCCCUGGAUGUCCACCGAGAGUUUGAGGCAGAUGAUGACGAGGAGGACUUUGUUGGCGCGGCUUGUCCAGGCUUUCGCCGGCGCCUCUGGGACUUUCUAGAGAAACCAGAAUCAUCCCGCGCAGCUCGUACCUUUGGCUCACUCUCCAUCUUCUUUGUGGUGCUGUCGGUCAUCAACAUGGUGCUCAUCUCUCUGGACUUGGAGGAGGACUUUGGUGUGAGCUGGCUGGGCAUCAGUGGGCCACGGCUGCUUGAUUCUGUGGAGUACGUAUGCGUCAUAUGGUUUACCGGUGAGCUGGUUCUACGCUUUGUGUCCGUCAGAGAUAAGUGCCGGUUUAGUCGGAGCAUUCCCAACAUGAUCGACCUGCUGGCCAUCUUGCCUUUCUAUGUCACGCUGGCAGUGGAGAGUCUCCACGGCGGAUCCACGGAGCUGGAGAACAUGGGCCGAGUGGUCCAGGUGCUUCGUCUCCUCAGAACCCUGCGCAUGCUCAAGCUUGGCCGACACUCCACAGGUCUGAAGUCCCUGGGAAUGACCAUCGCUCAGUGCUACGAGGAAGUCGGUGUGCUGCUCCUCUUCCUCAGCGUCGGGAUCUCCAUCUUUGCCACGGUGGUCUUCGCUCUGGAGCACGACCUUCCGGCCACCACCUUCACCAGCGUUCCCGCUGCCUGGUGGUGGGCCACCACCUCCAUGACCACGGUGGGCUAUGGGGACAUCCGGCCUGACACGGCGCUGGGCAAAGUUCUGGCCUUCGUCUGCAUCCUGUCCGGAAUCCUGAUCCUGGCGCUGCCCAUCGCCAUCAUCAACGACCGCUUCUCCGCCUGCUACUUCACCCUGAAGGUGAAGGAGGCGGCGCUGCGGCACGGAGAGAUGCUGAAGAGGCUGGCCCGGGGCUCGGUGGGGGAGGCGGGGCCAACGGGAGUGGUGGGAGGAGUCAACCUGAGGGACGCCUACGCCCGCAGCGUGCUGGAGAUGCUGAGGCUGCAGGGCCGAGAGAGGGCCAGCACCCGCAGCAGCGGAGGGGACGAGCUGUGGUUCUAGAGCCAUGACUGGCCCCGAGCGCAGAGGAGGGGCCACAGAGAGUCAGGGGACUUAGAGAGACAGGGUAAGGAGAGAGUCAGGGGCCACACAGUGACGGAAAAACAUGGAGACAGGGGCCACAGAGAGUCAGGGGACUUAGAGAGACAGAGUAAGGAGAGAGUCAGGGGCCACACAGUGACGGAAAAACAUGGAGACAGGGGCCACAGAGAG